AUGGCGAGGGGCAUGGAAUCGCUGCAAGCGGAAGUGACAACACUGAAGGAGGAAAACGCCGAGCUACGCCGGACGCGAGGUGAAGCGCGUCAGACGUCGCCUGUGGACGAAGGCGAGGGCAACAGUCAAGUGAUGGGCAAUCCUCUGGACGAGCUCACACGUGACUUCGAAGAAGAAGAUAGGCAGCGAGCGGCGGCAGCGCCAGUUGCAGUUACGACGAUCAAGAUCAAGCCCGUCAACCCGCCCCCGUUUAAUCCUACGGACAAGACGACUACAGUGAAGGGGUGGCUGUUCGGGGUUGAAGUCUUCUUCACUGCAGCCGGAGUUAAUGACGAUGCCACGCGCAUUAAUUACGCAGUCUCACUUCUUCGAGGUGCAGCACUUGAAUGGUGGCGCCGGACCUUGGAAACAGGGACGUCGACAGGUGUGACACAUGCGGCAGACGGGACCUCUACAGUGGUUAAUCAAGUUGCAGAACCGAUCUUCGGUGUGACCAAGAUACGCACAUGGAAGGAGUGGGGCGCAGCCUUACGGGAUCGCUUCGAGCACAUAUCCGCCUCGGAGCAAGCUCGCAUGAAGCUGCGUGCAUGGUCGCAGAUGGGAUCUGUCCAAGACUACACGGCGUCAUUUAUGGGCUUCGCCGACCAAAUCGAUGACAUGUCGGAAGCUGAGCGGUUGGAUAAAUACGUGAGCGGCCUUAAGUACGAGAUACAGUUCGAAGUUCGCCGCAGCCGCCCGACAUCGUUCCUCGAAGCAGUACGCGUGGCAGAGUCAACGGAUGCGCUGAUGCAGUACGCGAGAACGGCUUCCAGGGAUGGGAGAGGUUUUCGUGGCCAGACCCAUCGGGCCACAAUCAACGCCGUCCAUACACCCGACCGCCCUCCUAAGGGUCAGUGUUUCCGGUGUGGGAAGGUGGGUCACUGGAAGAACGAAUGCAAGGAGAAAAUGCCGCUGACAGAGAACGACAGGAAGGAGCAGGGAAAUGGGAAGAGUCACCAUAGCCUCUUCAACUUGGCGAGCGCAAAAAAAUGCAACAUGCAACUUGACAGGUGUCUGCCCGAAAUCGACGCACGACUCGUGGAUGGGACGCCUCUGGCGAUAACGGAAGAAACACGGAUGGUGCGGAUCGAGUGCGGCGAAGAUUUCGGCUUCAGCAUGAAGUUCCUCGCGACGACGCUGGAUGGCUGCGACGUGCUGCUGGGACGUGAUUGGCUGCGACGACACAACCCCGUCAUCGACUGGACAACGGGAUCGUGCUGCGUCAGCAAGCACGAGGGGCUAAUUAAGUUGCCUGCAUGGACACCUGACUACAUACAAGCCCCGUGCGUCAAAGCCAUCACCAUCGCCCACCACUUCAACAGGGGUGCGCAGCUGUUCGCCGUCUGCUUGCGCGAGUUGGCAGUCGACACCGACGGAAAGGACAUCGAAAAGCUGUGUGCAGCUGUUCCUCCGGAUUUAGCGGAGCUAAUUCGACGGUACCCCGACAUUUUCCCGGACGAUUUGCCACCUGGGCUGCCACCCGAAAGACCCGAAGACCAUAAAAUCCAGCUGGAACCUGGCGCGCAACCUACUGUUCGGACACAGUGGCGGUUGACCCAACCGGAACUCGAGGAGCUACGCCGACAAAUUGUUGCACUGUUGGAGAAAGGCUUCAUUCAGCCGAGCACCUCCUGGUUCGCGGCACCGAUCCUGUUCACUCCAAAGAAGGACGGCGGGCUUCGCAUGUGCAUCGAUUAUCGCGCGUUGAACAGGGUGACCAUCAAGUCUCGCUACCCAAUCCCACGCACCGACGACCUCCUCGAUCAACUUCGCGGCGCUCGCUACUUCUCGAAAAUCGACUUACACCGAUGUGUCAUCGUCUAUUUGGACGAUAUCCUGAUUUUUAGCAAGACACGGGAGCAACACCUCCGCGACCUGGACGCAGUUUUUAAAAGGCUGCAAGAGAACCGGCUCAUCACCAAGGGCUCUAAGUGCGAGUUUUUUAAGCAGGAGUUGGAGUUUUUAGGGCACGUUAUCUCCCGCGACGGCAUCAAAAUCGACCCGGCGAAGAUUAAAACCAUCCAGGAGUGGAAGGCCCCGACUAAUGUCACGGAGCUCCAGAGUUUUUUGGGGUUCGUGAAUUACGUCCGGCGGUUUAUCCCGAAUAUGGCGGGGAUAACCGGCCCGCUGACCGACCUGCUGCACAAGGACAAGAAUUUCGUGUGGGGGGAGGAAGCAGAGGUGGCUUUCCAGGAGCUCAAGAAUUUUCUCGUUUCUCCUCCUGUACUGCGCAUCGCCGACCCAUCAAAGCCGUUCGAAGUCGUAACCGACGCCUCUGAUUUCGCCAUCGGAGCAGUGCUUCUCCAGGAUUUCGGGAACGGGCUGCAGCCGAUCGCCUACGAAUCACGCAAGCUGCAAGCUGCCGAACGCAACUACCCGAUCCACGACAAGGAGAUGCUCGCCAUAAUCCACGCGUUUAAACUGUGGCGAUGCUACCUGGUGGGCGCCGACGUCACUGUGCGCACGGACCACAAGUCCCUACAGUACCUGCGAGCUCAACCGAACCUCAACCCGCGACAAAUUCGGUGGCUGGACUACAUGGAGAGCCACUUCACCUACCGCAUCACGUACAAGAAAGGGGCGAAUAACAUCGCCGACGCCCUGACCAGACCGACCGUACAAUCCGCUGCUGUACUGAUCACCCAUUCGAACCCGCUACUUACAGGACUAUUCACCCACGGCUACACUACGGACCCGUUCUUCACGACAGGAAAUCAUCAGCAGGCCACGACGCAGAAGGGAGAUUAUUACCUGAAAGCCAGCACCGACAGGAUUGUCGGAAUCAACAGACAGGAAUGA